AUUUUGGGUUAAGCAUAAACUAAGUCACCAAUGACGUACGCGUUGGACUUACUUCUGACCUCAUUUUUCUCGCCCCUUUCAAGCCCAUGGCAACGGCGUCAUUGCGUCAAGCGAAUCGAAUCGAAUCUUUGCCCACAAGCAACCGCCGACCCUGACUUUGUAUCCUCAUACAAUCGACUUGACGUCCUUGUACCGGUACAAGCAGUAUUAGAAACUGUGUUACCAUGAGAUUCAUCAAUAGCUCUUUAGUGCUGUUAGUGUCAGCAUCCGUGCUGCUGUCCACUGGCCAUGCGUUUACCCCAGUUUCCCGUUCAGGCGUUCGCUCUGGCAAGAGCAGUCUCUGCAUGAGCGCGGCUCUCAUUGUCCAGAAUAAGGGAGGAGGUCACGGAGAGUUAGGAUUCCAACUGGCUAAAACGUUGACGGAUCAUCCGAAAAUUUCGUCCAUUACCAUUUUGCAAGAUGACGCCUGCAAAGAUUCCAGUGAACCCUUCUGCAGCUACGCCACCGAUAUCCCUAAUGUUAAGAUUGUCAAGGCCCCCCUGAGCAGUGACGAUUCCAUGACUGCCGAUGCCAUGAAGGAACUCCUAGGAGGAGCUUCCUUUGACUAUGUGUGGGACAAUGCCUCCAAAAAGCCAGAGGGAGCCGGAAAGGCCAUUUGCGACUGUGCCAAAGAAUGGGGCGUUAAGCUAUACACCUACGUGAGUUCCGCCGGUAUGUACCAGAACCCCACACAAUUCCCCAUGCCCGAAACCACACCCAUCAAAGACUCGGCCGGACAGGCAAAACAAGAUCAAUACGCCGUCGACUUGGGAUUGCCACUCGUCUCCUUUCGUCCACAGUACAUUUACGGACCCAAAUCCAACAAACACGAUUACAUUGAUUGGUACUUUGAUAGGUUGGUGCGAGACUUGCCCUUGCCCAUUCCCGCCGAUGGAACCCAAAAGGUAUCCCUCACCAAUGCCGAAGAUGUCGCGUCCCUCUUGGCAUCCGUACUCAACGACGAACAAGCCGCCGUGUCACAACGAUUCUUCAAUUGCGGGACCGAUCAAUUGCACACAUACACCGAUGUCGCCAUGAUGUGUGCCGAAGCGGCCGGGAAGGAUCCCGCAAGCGUCAAUAUUGAAUUGUACGACGCCGACCUUUUUGGCAAGGCCACCUUUCCCUUUCGAAUGACCGACUUUUACGUGGCACCCGACAUGGCCAAGCAAACCUUGGGAUGGACUGGCCCCAAACACUCCCUUCAAGGAGAUUUGACCGACUAUUAUCAGAGCUAUGUCGCACGAGGUGGACCCACCAAACAAAUGUCAUUGGUCAAGGAUUGGGAAAUCGUUUUUGGAAGUACCAGUCAAUUCGCUGUACGAAGUGUUUAUGAUCAGUACGAUCCUCUCGUCAUUGAUACCUCGGAAGUGAAUCAAUAGAUAUCUGUCUAUCAUGUCUGUCUUGUAGUAUGGAUGGUAGUAUGGAUGGGUGGUGCAACGUUGGAUGAAAGGCGACGGGAGGAACGAAGGAGAGCGUCCUUCGUAUUCUACAAUCACGUCGAAAUCAUACAAAAUGCCUCUGAAGGACUAUAUGUUGCAUAGACAGCUGCGAGCCAUUCUAGCUGUAUAGGACUGCCGAAAAAAUAUAAUAGCACAGCUUUCGAAUCUC